AACCACUUUCUCUUCACUCUGCGCUCCAAAAUGCGCCGCAACACCUUCCCGCCCCGGCCUCGGCCCGAUGGAGGCCGCUUGAGGGCUCCCGAACGCACACCCGAACAAUCAAAAAGGAAGGUAUUCAACUGUAUCGUCGACGACACGGCGCUCGUAGCUGGCGCGAAGAAGAGCACACGCGAUGGAAUCCGCAAAUGGAUUUCCCAAGAUGCUAUCCGCCUCUUCGUCCCGCUUCACACCCUUGAUCAGCUCCGUCAUUUGCAGAAUGGCGAUGAGCGCAUCAACCUCGAUUCCCGCGAUGCUCUCAAAUGGCUCGACGACAUCACUUCCAUGCCCACGAUCGACGAUCGAGUCCAGCUUGAGGGAGUAGACGAGGCCUACGACACAUGGGAGGAAGUCGAGCAAUUUCUACUUCCCGAGACACUUUUGUCAAUGGAAGAGAGCGAUUCGGAAGAUGAUGAUGACUACGUAGAGGACAUGGAAAGCUCAUUCAAUGCCUUAGAUGUUUCGGACGAGACUUCGGUCAGCUCUACUCAUAGCCUCGAACACCCUUCGAAAAGCCCGCGCGUCGAGUCGGUGCACCCUACCCACCAGAACCGCCCGAUCAAUGGCAACCAAACCAAGAUUGCCGCCGUUGCAAAAUCGCCGAUAAGCCACUCUGCGAGCAGCACGAUCGAGCGCUCCCGAGGCCCCAAGUCGCCCAAGAAAAGUAUCCCUCCUCAUCUUCGCCCCUUCUUCAAUCAUAUCAUGUGGAGGAUCAACAAGGAAAGCAAUCCAGGAGCUGCUUUGGAGUCCUUUAUUCUCCUCACAAACGAUCCGUCUAAGCAAAUGAUUGCACAGAAGUUUGGUAUCCGAGCCAAGCGCUUGGAACAACUUAGGGACGCUGUUGCCCGCGAAGAUCGCGAGUACAAGAAUCAUUUAGCUGUUGAUAAAAUAGAGUCAGAGGCCCGAAGGAACAAUCUGAAUGUGGAACCAAAAGGUCCCGAGCGCCCAAAAUCGAGCCACUCCAAUGUGAGCAAAUCGGUCUCUGCAGUUGAUUCAGACGACGAUGAUGACGAAGUCAUCUUGAAGCGCGCUCCGCGUGGUCCGGCUCAACAGAACAACAACCAACGUGUGUUCGAUCCGAACGACUUUGGACGUACUAAUCAACAAGCCUCGCCCCGCGGCAACAGGGGUGCUUACCCACCCUCUCGCGGCCGGGGUUCCCCACGCGGCGGACCAUCGCCUCGUGGCGGUCGAGGUGCUUUCAGUCCUCGCGGGGCAUAUGUGCCACCUGGGCCAUCGUUCCGACCCACCCCUACAAAUGCUCGCCACGACCCGAAUCGACCCAUCGAUCCGGAUUCUUUCGCCCGUCCGCCCGCCCGCGGUAGCGCUGUCCGUGGAGCGCGAAGAUCAUUGUGGGAACCAAAUUGA